GCUCUGGCAGAAGAAUGGGGCUGGGGAGGGGAGCGAAUCCAGCCUUGGGCAGCGAAGCCCCGCUGCAGACAGCUGUGUCGCUCGCCCUGUUGCUACAGGAGCAGUUGAGGGAGAGGAGGGCGGAAAGGGGGGGAAAGUCCCGCAGAAGAAGCAGCCCUCUGCCAGUUCGCAAGGCCGGGAACCAAUGAAAUGCCAACUCCGGCGUGACCACCGAGAUUGACGUGGAAGACACGUCAAAUUGAUCUGAGCAAACGGCAGGCUCCUGGACGGGCUGAUCCCCCCCCGAUCGGAUGAAGAUCACUUUGGGCGUGAGUCCCCGGCCGCCUUUGAAAGUGCUCCGGCCGCAGCCGCGGAGAGACGGGCCCGGAGCAAGGGCAGCCCGCCGCGGCUGGGUUUGUCUCCGGAGGAGCCUGGCUGGUGCUCGCAGGCAGCCCCCCUCUAUGCAUCCGCGCCUGCCUCGGGGAAGAGGGAGCCCGCGGCGCGGCUAGCGAGCAGCCGAUCGCGCACGGCGCGGGUCUCUGCGGGCGAUGGAGCAAACCUACGGCGAGGUGAACCAGCUGGGAGGCGUCUUUGUCAACGGGAGACCCCUGCCCAACGCCAUCCGCUUGAGGAUCGUGGAGCUGGCCCAGCUCGGGAUCCGACCCUGCGACAUCAGCCGCCAGCUGCGGGUCUCUCACGGCUGCGUGAGUAAAAUCCUGGCCCGCUACAACGAGACGGGCUCGAUCUUACCCGGAGCCAUCGGCGGGAGCAAGCCGCGGGUCACCACCCCCAACGUGGUGAAGCACAUCCGAGAUUACAAGCAAGGCGACCCGGGGAUCUUCGCGUGGGAGAUCCGAGACCGGCUGCUGGCGGACGGGGUGUGCGACAAGUACAACGUGCCCUCCGUCAGCUCCAUCAGCAGGAUUUUACGGAACAAAAUCGGGAACCUCUCCCAGCCCAGCCCCUACGACAGCACCAAGCAGCCUCCCCCCCAGCCAACGCUGCCCUAUAACCACAUUUACCAGUACCCCUACCCCAACCCCAUGGCCUCCUCUGGGACCAAAAUGGGCCAUCAUCCGGGCGUGCCGGUCACAGCUGGACAUGUCAGUAUCCCCAGAUCCUGGCCCUCGGCGCAUUCGGUCAGCAACAUCCUCGGUAUCCGGACCUUCAUGGAGCAAACAGGGCCUCUGGCUGGGACAGAGGGGUCUGCCUACCCACCCAAAAUGGAAGACUGGCCCAGUGUGAACAGAACGGCCUUCCCUCCCGCCCAGGCAGCCAAUGGGAUUGAUAAAGCUGCAAUGGAAGCGGACAUUAAGUACCCCCAGCCUGCCCCUGGCCUUUCCAGCUUCCUCCCAGCCUGCGCCUACCCCUCUUCCAACCAGCACGGGGUUUACGCUGGCCCCGGGGCGGGCUACAUCACCCCCGGCCAUCACUGGCAGGCGCAAAGCAGCCCCCUGGCGCACCACGGGCCCGGAGUGACGGUCCCCGGAGGAGAGCUGGGCAGCGCCAUGGCCUUCAAGCAUCCCGCCCGAGAAGUUGUGGACAGAAAACCUUCCAGUCCUGUAGGCAAACCUCAAGAAACCCUAAAUAAUAUACAUGGACUUUCUAUCCCAGCCUCAUCUUCCUAGAGCUUGCAGUGACUCAUCAGAGAGAGAGAGAGAGAGUUUUGGAUCAAACACCUGCAACUUCGAAAAUAAAACAGAACCUAGAAGCACAACUGCAUUCAAAGAGGUGCCUUUGGAGAGGAAGAGGCUGUAUUUGAAAGAAGCCCAGGCAAUAAAAAGAGACAAUGACUUUUUAAUGCACAAGUGAAUGAGAUCUGGACAUUCAUUGACCCUGUGCCUUGAGUGAGUGAUUUCCUCAGUCAAGUUGGAAAGUGAUGAUGGGAGAGAAUUUUUCUUUCUUUCUUUCUUUCUUUCUUUCUUUCUUUCUUUCUUUCUUUCUUUCUUUCUUUCUUUCUUUCUUUCUUUCUUUCUUUCUUUCUUUCUUCCUUUCUUUCUUUCUUUCAGACAAGAGACCUCUGGAUAUAAAGCAGUCACAGAUUUUUCACAACCUACUACCACUAUUCAUUGCUUACAAUGCCAUAGACUUUAUUCUGAUGUCUCUAGAGAAGAGGAUUCAUUCAGUGUCUCCAAGGCCUUAGCCCAAGGAUGUGUGCUCUGAACCGGUUUCUGCCCGUGGAUAAUGUCUCUCUCCCAGACUGUAAAUGGACAAAUACGCAGCAACAUUUUAUGAUAUAUUUUUAUAAUAACAAACCUUAAUAAAAAGUGACUACAACCGAUGUGCAUGUUUGGAUUCCUUCCCUGGGGCCCGUGUCUUCUCUUUGCAUAGCAGCAGACCGUGGCCUCUAGUCAUGCAGUUCUCCUCCAAUCCACUGGAGCCUCAAGUGCCCUAUUUCUGCUUCUCCUGAAGAAGCUUCACCAAAAGUGACAUCUUCCCAUGCCCUUUGUCCAAUGUGCUGCUGGAAGCAGCUAGCUGUUAGACUCUUCCUGGGGCCAGUUCUAGACUGUCUCUCUAAAACGAGUCUCUUUGCGUUCAUU